CGCUUCAAUGGCUGUCCUCCUGCAGACACUGAGGAUCUGUAAUCCACGCGUGGAAGAAUGACUAAUCUCAUGCUGCAUGCACGGCUGUUUUGAAUGCAUGUUUGUUUCAGGCAAAAGCUGAAUUUCCUCUCUAAUGCCGGGAAUUAUUUCUAGCUUUAAUCGACCUCAAACAAGAUAACCUUAAGCUGGAGGAGACUGCUGUCUGUUUGACAGCUCACAAUUGCAUAUAGAUUUUUUUUUACAUUCUGUAUGUAAGACUUCUUUUAAAUCCAUUUGAAUUAUUUUAUUUUGACUGCAAUCGGCGAAGCAACAUUUAAGUCUGUUGGUUAUAAUAAUAAUAAUAAUAACUGCGAGUCCAAUUUUUUUUUUUUUUUAACGCGUCUCGGACAGCUCGUCCUUUGCAAACUGAAUCCGGACCGUCGCCGCUUCGUUAAAACCCAAUAACAGCAUCUGGGUUGAAAUCUGCAUUGAACUUUUCUUUUCUUCCACAUUUCAGACUCGAAUGCACACAGCGCCUGUAUGGGAGUGAAACUCUCCCACACGGAAGUGACUUACACACGUUAGGCCGGUGAUCGUUUGUUAUUUUCUAAGUGAACUUGCAUUAUUUGCGUGCACCGAAUCGGCGAUUAAGAUGAUCCCCGACAAGGCACCGGGCGAGGAUGUGUUGCAUGCUUCGGGGGAUCUGAAGAAAGAAGCGCACAUCCCCAGCUUUGAGAAAUACAAAGAGCUCUACAUCAAAUCUGUCGAGUCUCCUGAGGAGUUCUGGGGAGAUGUUGGCAGAGAUUUUUUCUGGAAGACAAAAUACACCGGCAAGUUUCUGGACUACAAUUUUGACGUAACCAAGGGUGAAAUUUUCGUGAAGUGCAUGGAAGGCGCCACGACCAACAUCUGCUACAAUGUUUUGGACCGCAACGUCUACGAGAGGAAACUGGGCGACAAAGUGGCUUUUUACUGGGAGGGCAAUGAACCUGGAGAUGAAAAGACGGUGACGUACCGAGAGCUGCUUCAGCAAGUCUGCAAGUUUGCCAAUGUUCUCAAGUCGCAAGGCGUGAAGAAAGGUGACCGUGUAUCUAUUUACAUGCCCAUGGUGGUGGAGCUGGUGGUGGCCAUGUUGGCCUGCGCUCGGAUUGGAGCAGUGCACUCCAUAGUGUUCGCCGGUUUCUCGGCCGAGUCAUUGUGUGAAAGGAUCAUGGACUCUCAGUGCUGUAUUCUUGUAACAGCAGAUGGCUUUUACCGCGGUGAUAAGCUGAUCAAUCUGAAGCUGAUAGCUGACGAGGCGCUACAGAAAUGCAGGGAAAAGUCUUUCUCGGUGGAGAAGUGUAUAAUGCUAAAACACCUCACAAAAGAAGACGAGGAUUCAUCGGGAUCUCUGUCGCCCCCAGCGAAACGUGCCUGCCCCGAUCUGCAGCAGGAGAAACAGAAAGAAAGAGUAAGGAAGGUCCGUCCGUCCCCACAGGUGCCGUGGAAUCCUGAGAUUGAUUUGUGUUGGCACUCUCUGAUUGGUGGAGCCUCAGAGGAGUGUGAGCCUGUCUGGUGUGAAUCAGAAGACCCCCUCUUCAUCCUCUACACCAGCGGCUCUACUGGGAAACCUAAGGGUGUAUUGCAUACAGUGAGCGGCUACAUGCUUUACACUGCGGCAACCUUCAAGAUGGUGUUUGAUUAUCACUCGGAUGAUGUGUAUUGGUGCACUGCAGACAUUGGUUGGAUCACCGGUCACUCAUACAUCACGUAUGGGCCGCUGGCCAAUGGCGCGACCAGUGUGUUGUUUGAAGGUCUUCCCACAUACCCGGAUGUGAGCCGAAUGUGGGAGAUUGUUGAUAAAUAUCAGGUCUCCAAGUUCUACACGGCACCCACCGCCAUCCGGCUCUUGAUGAAGUACGGCAGUGAGCCUGUUCAGAAGUAUAAGCGGACCUCACUAAAGAUUUUGGGGACCGUAGGGGAGCCCAUAAACCCAGAAGCCUGGCAGUGGUACUACAGCGUGGUGGGAGAGAAGAAAUGUCCGGUGGUGGACACCUUCUGGCAGACUGAGACGGGAGGGCAUGUGAUGACCCCUCUGCCGGCCGCUACCCCCAUGAAGCCUGGCUCUGCUACAUUUCCCUUUUUUGGGGUUGUCCCUGCUAUUCUGAACGAGUCAGGGGAGGAACUUGAAGGACCAAGUGAAGGCUAUCUGGUGUUUAAACAGCCUUGGCCAGGUGUGAUGAGAACAGUGUACGGGAACCACGAGAGAUUCGAAACCACCUACUUCAAGAAAUUCCCUGGAUACUACGUGACUGGAGACGGUUGUCGUAGAGAUAAGGACGGAUACUACUGGAUCACCGGAAGGAUAGAUGACAUGUUGAAUGUUUCUGGGCAUUUACUAAGCACUGCCGAGGUGGAGUCGGCUCUGGUGGAGCAUGAAGCUGUGGCCGAGGCAGCGGUUGUGGGGCGUCCACACCCUGUUAAAGGCGAGAGCCUCUACUGCUUUGUCACCCUCAACGAUGGAAUCAACUACAACCAGAAGCUGGAGGGGGAGCUUAAAAAGCAAGUGAGAGAGAAGAUUGGUGCCAUAGCUACACCUGACUACAUUCAGAACGCACCCAGCCUUCCAAAAACCAGAUCAGGUAAGAUCAUGCGCCGUGUCUUGCGGAAGAUAGCGUGUAAUGAGCGGGAUUUAGGUGACGUGUCCACGUUAGCAGACAGCUCUGUCAUCGAACAGCUGUUUGAGAACCGCUGCUGUGCUGCUGUGUGACCCCAAGGGGCAUCCGACACAACGCCGCUGUCUGGCCCCCCCUCACACCAGCUUCAGUCCUGGAGGGAAGAGGACGAGUCUGAGCUAUAAUGAUGUUUAGGAUCAUGCUAGUGGGCAGACAGAACGAAAACGCUUAGAGAUGUAUAAUUCCUCUUCAAUUCACUGACUUAAAAGAAAUCUCUAGGAAAACCCCCAGUUUGGGUUUAGACAUAGAGUUUUAACUGCAUUUUUACAGGACCCAACUGUAUGUUAGAAAACAUUGUUUUACACCCACCCUAACCAAAUUUUAUUUUUAUGUUUAUAAUUUCCUUCUCUUUCUCCAUGUGUCUGUUCUUUAAUCUUCAUGACUAUACUGUCCUGCUUUCAAAGUGCCAACAUAACCUCAAAACAAGUUUUUAGUUUGUGUUUUUUUUCACUACUAAAAUGGGAAAAUGAGUCAUGGUUUUGUGUACUAUGUAGUAGCGCUGUUUAAAAUCUCUCUGCUUUGGUUGAAGGUUUCAUUUUAACAUUUAAAGCUACACGUUGUAUAGAACUUCCUAUACAAGCCCAAGGCAUGAAUUAAUAUAUACCAAAAUAACGUGGUAUCAUGCAGGUGUCAUCAAUGUUCGAACUUCGUGUAUAUUUUACUCCUGGAACAGUUUGCAACUUUGUGAUAAAAGUUUGUGCGUGAACCGAUGAUAUAUUUCUUCAGGAAAGUUAUGAAAGAGCUAUGAUUGACUGCAUAAAGACUGUGUGUUCAUUUGAAAAUGCACUUAACGGGAGUAAAUGACAUUUCUGACCAUGAUGGUGGUCUCGUUGUAUUUCUGAUACUUUCCAUUUUACCAAGUCAUAUUUCAAAGUGUGAACAUCCGCAUUUUAUAUUGUGAAGGUAUCCUCUCAAGAAGCUUUUUCAGGAGAAAAGUGAUCAAAUUCCAGCCAUUAUGAGUGUACGGUGCUCCCAUGCACCAGUACUGCAUCUCUGGACUGUAUUUGUUAACCGUUGUCCCAUUGAUUUCUUCCAGCUUGGCAUUAAUUUGAGUUUUGGAUAUUUUCAUAGCUCUAAGUGUAAGCAUUCACUAUAUGAUGAGCGACUGAACCUUUUGAACUUUAGAUUGUGUUUUUUACCAUUUAUUUUCCUUUCGACUCAUUUUCUUGUAAUCAUUUGAGCUGAGCUGCGUCUCAAACAGAACUGGGUGAAUUAAAGUGCUGAAAUUAUUAAAAUGGUUUUGUCCUCUUUCGUA